AUGACGUACGAAAUACUGGAGUACUCGACCACUUCAGUCGACUUCACGCCGCACGAUAGCCGGUGGAUUCCGCACAGCGCGCGCUUUGUUGUCCUCGGAGAAACUGCAAAGUCAACAGGAAGACUAGGUGUCUUCAAGUUGAGCGAUAGCGGCGUCACCUCAGUGUGUGAGACUGAACGAGACAGUGGUCUCAAAUGCUGUACAUUUGGCAGUCACACGCUUCCAGAGCGAUUCAUCGCUACAGGAAGUCUGAGUGGUGAGCUCGAAACGUGGGACCUCGAACAUGCGUCGGAACCGCGGUCGAGCUUCAAAGCGCACCGCGGCGCAGUCAACGCUAUUGACGGCAUUGGGGGGGGGACACAUGGAAUUGGUGCGCUAGAAAUUGUUACAGGUGGUCGAGAUGGGACAGUGAAAGUCUGGGAUACGAGGCAAGACAGUGCAGUGGCAAUAUUUAAAUCAGUCUCCGCAUCAACGUGCGAAUGUUGGUGCGUCGCAUUUGGAAACUCUUUCGACGAGAAUGAGCGCUGCGUGUUAGCUGGUUAUGAGAAUGGAGACGUGAAGAUGUUUGAUCUUCGAGUGGGCACCGUGAGAUACGAGACGAACAUCGCAAAUGGGGUAUGCAGCGUCGAAUUUGAUCGAAAAGAUAUUACAAUGAACAAAUUUGUUGCGACAUGCCUCGAAAGUCAAUUCGUGGUGUUUGAUGCGCGAACGCAACACCCGGACGAUGGGUUUGCUUCAGUGACACAGAAUUCAUCGGUCAAAACGACAAUCUGGGGUGUUCGACAUCUUCCUCAGGAUCGGGAGGUGUUCGCCACGCUGCUCGGUGAUGGUUCAGUGGCGUUGUACAGGUAUGAGUACCCGGUGAAGAGACAAAGAUUGUGCCCCGCUGGCAAACCUCAAGGAGUAGCAGGAAGUGCAAAACGUAUUAGUUCGACGAGUCUCGCGUCGCAGCCGAUCAAUAGCUGGGAUUGGCACGCAGAAAAGACGGGACUUGCGGUAUGUAGUGGGUUUGACCAGCACGUGCGUGUUGUUGUCAUGACUAAUUGA